CGGAUGGAUGUGACGUAGGAAACAGCCAUUUUCAUUUUCGACUUCAGCUGUGGAAUACCGUGAGAAAUGGUCUGCUGUAAAGUUGUCGUUCCGACAAGUGUUUCUUUAGCGUUCGACAGUGAUUAUUGCAUUGUCAGCGGUUGUGACUGUGGCAUGAUUAUCGCUGAGCUCGGUAUUCGCACGGAUCCUCGAAUUCAGGGGGAGACCGCCCGUGGUAAGCCUUACCUCUGUUCCAUCGGCAAGCCCGUGAAGUUCGAACCAUGGUCCAAGUGGCGGUCCAUGUGUAGGAACCAUGUCGCCCUUCUCACAGGCGAAUGGUGAUUGCGUAGCAGCCACUGGAAACACCGGACAGAUUCUCGCUGAGCCAAAAUUUUGAGUGACGCAGCUGACUCAUCGCGUGCCGUCAUUCCGUGCUAUGAGCCAGCCAUGCCAAAAACGAGACAUUGGCACGUGUGACCUGGUCGCCGCGAAGAAUGCCGUAAAGAAUGGCUUCUUGAAGCCUUUCAAGCGCGGCUACAGCUGUCCUGUUGUGGCCUGCAGAAACCCUACGCAAGAAUUGCUGACCGGACGCUCAGCAAAAACGCGCGAAGAUUGUAGUCGCAAGCGAUCUGCCACCGACCGUAGUGGAACGGCGCAAGGACCGACAAUGUGCAUCGAUAAGCCCCACGACCAACCCCGGGUCGCCUCUAGCCCCGAAAGUGUUGCGAACAACGCCGCGAUGCCGUCCAAACAGAACCACCACCACCGGCGUCGGCGGCGACGCGCAAAGCCUGUGCGCGCGUCGUCGACAGCCGACGGCUCCGGUGCGGCAAUGGCCGUGCCGCCAAGCGCUGCUGGCAUUUGCAUUGCGAGGUCCCCCACCAAGCAAGACAUAAUAUUUCGCGUCGAAACGGCGUCGUCACGUCCAAGCAAAGUGGACCGAAAGAAAAAGCAGGUCAACGAGGCGCCUACUGCGCCGAAGGUGUCGUCUUCGCCGCCGUACGUCAAUUCCGCCAUCGCGUUCAUUUUGGGAGGCAACGAAGACCUCAGCGAAACUGACAGCGAUUGGGAUGAAGUGGACGACGGUGCCGGAGGAACGAGCGACUUUUCCUUGGACGUCUUGGUGAUGCCGCUGCUGAACAGUUUUCUUUCGGUGUCGGUGCUCUCCGACGCGUGUCCCAGUUUGCAGCGCCGUAACGGGGAUCAAGUGGACGGUCGCCAGCCCGUGUCUCCGCUGGUGCAGGACGCCAACGAAAAGUGGAAUCGAACGUAUUACGGGGAAGACGUCGACAGGCCGCCACGCGCAGCAAAGGUCAACUUCCCUAUGGGUGACAGGCUCAUCGAGGUGCACAAUGCGGAUGACUUGGAGCGCAAGGGGCCUUGGGAACAAAUUGCCUUGGACCGCCGUCGCUUCCAGUCCCGGGUAGCCUCCGUGGAAAGCGUGCUGGCUCCUGUGCUCUCUCCCGACCAUCGACAGAAGGUCUACCAGAAGAUCUACACAUCAGCCGCAAAGUGAACUGCUGCUUGCUGCAAUCUGUGCAUUCUUUGCAAGGAUACAAAAAUUUACUUGAGUGCUGCAAGCUCAGCAGACUGUGUCAGCACCAUUGACCGAGAGGAACUCGGUAAACUUCCAUGCAAGCUGACUGAACUUUUUCUGCUGGUUGCAGGGUUUUCUGUUGUUUAAUUGUGCAGCUGUGGGAGCAGCUUUCAUUUAUAAUGCCUAGUCCUCCAGCUUGAGUGCUAUCUUGAAUAGUAAUUUGCCCUUCAUGUUGUUCCAAGUGUCCUACAAACUGAACUGUGCAUUGAGUUUAUUGCUUAUGCCGUAAUAUUGACCGGGGGAUGGUCCGUUCUAGCACCAUAACUCAAUUGUACAGUUUUCAUUUUGUGGUUUCUGUGAUGUUGGAUCAGCUCGCUGCUCUGGUGGAACGGCACACUACUGCCAAGAUCUUCCGUAGGCCCAGCAUCCUCUGCUAAAAGUUCAUAUGCCACGGUUAGGGCAGCUGUGUAGGUAUUGCAAGGCAGGAGGUGAGGUAGCCUGCAGGGUCUGCAACAAUGCAAAUUUGAGUGUUUUAAUGUAUAUGACUACUCUCGCAGUGCUCGGUAAAUUGAACCACUGGACGAACAAAGAACAGAUAAGCUAGACUUCGCACAUUAGAAUUAAGGUUAUCCAAAUAUUCGAAGAAAGAGACAGUAUCUUCAGCUUACCAGUAAAUUUUCUUUCGCAAUGCAUUCCACAGCAUGCUCAAGUCUGUACAAUGCUAGAUAAAAUGUAUAUUUUCACUAAACUUGAGAAAAUAAUAUAUUCCCAGGAAAUGUGCACAUGUGUAAAGAACAGAAUUCCCUGUAAAAAGAAAUCCCAAUAUAUGCUGCAGCGACGUUUCGUUCAUGUAUGACAAUGCACUGAAAAGUGCUGUGAUGUGCUCCAUGCUUAUGCUGUUGUCCCUUGUGCUGUUUUUCUGAUGUUUAAAGGAUAUUAAAAAUGUAAAUUUUGUUUU